CCACUAACACUGUGACCUCUGCCUCUGCUUGGAUACAGAUGUGUCCUCAUAAAUCUUGCCUCAAUGCUAACGUCAGGCACCUUUUUUUAUGAAAAUGCAUCUUAUUUGCAUUGCUAUGUGGCUAGGAUGCACAAGCAGCGUCUGCUGAUUAAAAUGAUAUGCAGCAUGCCUAUAUACUGUGUGAGACUGUGGCUGUAUCUGCAUAUGAAAUGCUACACACAGAAUAUUAGCAUGCCGCAUAUCAUUUUAAUCAGCAGAAGCUGCUGAUGCCCCUAGGCAUAUCAAAUGCCCUAGGCAAUUGCCUAGUUUGCCUAUACCUAGGGCCGGCUCUGGAUUUUUGUAAAGUGAUAAUGAUAUCUUUUAAGUUACAAUCACAGAUUUAAGAAGACGGCUCUUUUCACAGUAUAUAGGAUUACCUGGUAUACAUUUGCUUGAUGGAAUUAUGCACACAACUGAACUACACCCAAACUGGAUAGCCCUGGAUUUCUGAAAUCAAAAAUGGACAAGAUUCUUUUAAAAGCAAAUGAUGACUUUUGGGGGUGUCUAGCGCCCUAAACCGCUGUGAAGAAUAUCUCAUCAUGAUCAUGUAUGGGGAAAUGCUUCUAAACUCCAGCAGUGCUACUGAAGCCCAGAUCAUGCUCCAGACUAACACUCCUUACCUGAGCAGCACUCAGAGACCAGUCAGCUCCUCAGCCUUUUACAUGUCCACAGCCAGGGUGCUGAAGGAAGGGGAGAUAAACAAACCUGACCUAAUGACUUAUAUUGUCCUAUUUGUCCUUCUCUUCUUGUCUGUGACUCUGAUUGUUCUCUUCAUUAACUGCCAGCUGCGGAAUUCCUUCUUUGCAGGUCUACCUUAUGAUCGAUCACUGAGAGAAGCCAGGAACCCUUGGAAAACACAGUCUGUCUGAAUCAAACAUAAUAGCUGGCAUCUGAGAUGCAUUUUCCUGUGUCAGUUUUUAUAUAUUAGUUUAGCUAAAUGGUCUAAAAAGAAUGUGCAACAACUUCUUUUUGAUAUUAUACUAUUAAGUUAAUUUCGAUGUAAUGAUUAUUUUAUUAUCAUUACUAUAGUUAUGGUUAAUAAAGUUAUCUUAAAUAUUAAUUUAUGGCAAACGGUAUAGCCAUUUGAUUAAGAAACCAUUAAAUGAUGUGGAUUUAAUUAUGUUUUAAAGCUUUUUCUUUAGAUUCUAUAUAGUAUUAUUUAGAAUGUGAUUGUGGCUUUCAUGUAUUCUUUUACAUUUGUAUAAUGAUUCAGGCACAUCCUUUGUCUCUGGCUGUCAGAUGAGUUGGAAUGACAUUUUAGCAGUGCCUAGUGAAUGAUCAGAAAGGCAGUGAUUUGGCAUUCACUCCUAAUAUGUCAUUUUCAUAUACAGAUAUUAUAGCUGAGGCAUGUCAUAAAAUGUUUUCCUAGGACACUGCUAACCCUCAGUUUUCUCUCCCAUCAAAUUCUAUGUAAAUGACUCCUCUUUGAAAUAAAAUAAAUU